GGAUUUGUCCCGCCCACUUCAUUUUGUUGUCCAAUCAGUGAGGACGUUGCUUUGUUGUCGUACGUGCGCUGAGCGGAACUGAACAGUUGAGGAGGAGGUUAUCUGCUAAAAUCCAACAUAAUAAGAUGGAGGUGGAGCAGCUCCUUUCUCUGUCAGGCUCAGCUCUGGCCCAGGCUGUCAGCUCUCUGCUGGAGACCCCCGGCCUGUAUGUUUUCUCUGACAUCCUGGAGCUGCCAAAUGUCAGAGAGUUGGAAAACGGCCCCCAUGCACCAGUGUACCAUCUCCUCAACCUCUUUGCCUAUGGAACCUACUGCGACUACAAAGAGAGAGCAGCCUCUCUUCCAGAAUUGACUCCAGCUCAAAGAAACAAACUGCGGCAUCUCUCCAUUAUUAGCUUGGCUUCCAACCUCAAGUGUCUACCAUACUCGCUGCUCCUGCAGCAGCUGGAGCUGAAGAAUGUGCGGGAGCUGGAAGACCUGCUGAUUGAGGCCGUUUACUGCGACAUCAUCCAGGGUAAACUGGAUCAGCGGAACCAGCAAGUGGAAGUAGACUGCAGCGUGGGCCGUGAUUUGGGCCCCAAUGAGCUGCCAAACAUAAUCAACACGCUCCAGGAGUGGUGUACGGGGUGUGAGGCAGUGCUUUGUGGGAUUGAGGAGCAGGUCUCCAGGGCAAACCAAUACAGAGAGAGCCAACUGAAGGUCAAAGUCCAGGUGGAGACGGAGGUCUCAAACCUACAGAAAACAUUAAAGGCUAGUGCUGCCUCUCCAUCAUCAGGCCCCGCCCCUGCUGGUGCUGCUUCCAAUCAGGAUGCUGAUCAGCCUGCAGAGCCCAGAGACCCCGCCUCCUCUCAGGAACCAAGACAACCGGGCAAGAAAAGUUCGAAGGUGAAAGGACUGCGUGGCAGCGGGAAGAUCUGGUCCAAGUCUAACUGAGGACCAAAACUGGAACGGGACGACCGCGUCGCCGUCGGACUCACUGAUUCACGGACACUCGGAUGCUCCUUUUCACGUUGCAGUACAUCCCUGGAAUUUUCAACAGACUCCAUGGAUUCAGAAAGCAUCUGACUUAUCGAUUUAACAGCUUUGACACUGCAUGUGUCAAAAGCCUGACAAGCAGACUCUCAGUGUAAAUACACUUGUAACACAUGAAGACGGAGUUCACUUUGACUAUAAAGAGGAGUGCUGGAGGAAAAUCUCUUUCUUUCUUUUUGUUGUUGUUUAGAUGAAUAAAAUGCUGCUUUGCAUUUUUUUUUCUUUCUGCUGACUUGAGGCUUGUAUAAAAUCAGAAUUUAACUUGUCCAAAAAAAAAAAAAAUUAAAGGAAGCUCUGUACUUAUUUGAACUGACUUAUUAAUGUCACUGUCACUUCUUUUAUUAAACGCACUUCAAAGUGCAUCUCUG